AUGUUUUUACUACACACUCACGAGAAAGCAAAAGAAAGAAAGACAAGAGAAAAACAGUGGGAGAGAAAGGAUAUGGGGAGGGGGAAUACGGUUCUUUCUUCCUCUCUCUCUCUGGUUUUGUUUAAUUCCCUCUCUGUACGCUUAUUCGAUUUCUUUCUUUUGACCUAUCUCACUUCCCUCUCUCUACGAAUUACCGUAUCUCUACGCCCACUUCAGUCGCGUACUUGUUGUCCACCACCCCUAUCGCUCUCCUUUCCCCAACUUCGAAGUCUGGAUCAACUUUUCUAUCCCAGCAUUCCACGCGAGCAUCAGCAGCAGUGCUUCUACAACUCUUUCCUCUGCUUUCAAAAAGUGAUUCAAAUAGUUGUCAUUACAGUCGCCGUGGUCUACGCACUUACCGCGUCUCGGGGAAAAAAAAAACAAGACAACUCCAGUCGAAGGAGUGUGAGCAACAUGUCGCCGCCGUUCGUGUCUUCUUUUUCUUUCUUUUCUUCCUUUACCCAGGCUGGAUUAUUUCUUUUUCUACUUACCCUAACCCUCGGACCGGACUGCGGCCUGCUGGUGAUCGCGUCUGACCAGAACUACGGUCCAAGUUACGGCCUGUAUGGACCCGGUCAGUACUACGACUACGAUUAUAAUUCGCCGGGGCAACCGGAAAAUUAUGCUCCAUUACCGCCUUUAUUACCGAAAAAUCAAAACGGGGAUGGCGUAAACGGAGCUGAAACGUGUUACGACCAUCGUGGGGUGGCCAGAAAAUGUACCCCGGAAUUUGUAAAUGCGGCCUUUUCUUUACCGGUCGAAGCCACCAACGUUUGUGGGCUGCACCAACCACAGGUGUACUGCUUGCAAGUUGGGGUCAGGGGGGCUUCGAAAUCGUGUCAUUUUUGCAAUUCGAAGGACCCUAAAUACGACCAUUCUCCAAAUCUCAUGACGGAUUACGAGGGACAAGGGAAUUGGACCUGGUGGCAGAGUGAGACUAUGCAACAUGAUGUUCAGUAUCCUAACUCAGUUAACCUCACCUUACAUCUUGGUAAGUGUCCUUGUUGUGUUUAA